GUGUUGGUUUGCACCAGUACACUAGCAUGGGGUGUGAACCUUCCAGCUCACUUGGUUAUUAUAAAGGGAACAGAGUAUUUUGAUGCAAGAGCAAAAAGACAUGUCGAUUUUCCUAUUACCGAUAUUUUACAAAUGAUGGAUCGAGCAGGAAGGCCUCAGUACGAUCUUCAUGGGAAAGCUAUCAUUCUUGUUCAUGAACCAAAAAAGAGUUUCUACAAAAAGUUGAAAGCAGUCUCAGAGAACAGUUGCAUGAUCACUUUUAUGCUGAGAUCGUUUCUGGAACAAUUAGUCAUAAAGAGGAUGCAAUACAUUAUCUCACCUGAACAUAUUUAUUCCAAAGAUUG